AUGUUCGCCGUUGAUAAGCCGCACAAGGUACCCAUUGGAGUUUUCCUCCCAUCAGUCACGAUCAGCGGGGGCUCAUUCAGCGGGGAGGGCCGCCAUGGCGGAAGACUCCCACUCCGCCCCGAGGAGGAGCACGCCAUCCCGCCCGAGGAUGACACCAACCCGCACUAUGCGACCUCCCGCUCUCCUUCCUCGUCCUCUCCAGUUCCAUCAUCCGAAACAUUCUGGUCGCCGUCCGAUUUUCUCUUCAACCAGACAGCAUCCGACCUUGUGCCCUGCGCAGACUGGCUAGGGUCUUCCGCGUUAGAUUGGUUACAGUCAGAGACAGUCUCCGAGCCCGUCGACCUGAAUUGGUCAACCGGCUCAACAGAUCGAGGCCAAGCAAAUGGAGCGAACCGGUUUACCUUUGAAUUGAGCGCCGACCACAACUUGUGUCUGGAUUUUCCAGACCUGCACUACAGUAGUGACGAGCACCCGACUAGCUCCCAGCUGCCGACCCCACUACAGAAAGAGGAAGGGGAAUGCCAUUGUUUAUCGACUUUGAGUACGCUUGUGUCUCGUCAGAUCACCGCACGAGAUGUGAUGCGAUACGAUGCAUCGCUUGUCUUGAUCCGCGACGCCGCGCGCGCGUGUAUCACAUUCUGUCAUUGUCCCUUCUGCCCUAAGGAUGCAGGGAGCAUUAGCCUAGUCGUCACCACGCUGAAACUCAUGACCGGCAGCGUGGACCGCUUGAUUCAACAUCUGCAACGACGCUCAAGCUCGGAAUCGAGCAGAGAGAUGGAUCUCAGUACUGUUCCUAUCCCUCCCUCUAGGGAGGAGAGCACACCUCCUAAAAUAGGGACAGGGGUGGACCCAUCCAAGCCCAAUUGGGGGUAUACCACACCGCCAAGGAAGAUGUUCAAGAACAGAUUCAGGUGCUGUCUACGCUAG